AUGAGUGACCAGGAAAUUUACCUCGGUAACUGGAGCUUAUCGAAGCGUCUCUUGAACUUCAACUUCAGAGCAUAUCGUGUUUUAUUCUCCCAUCAGCGAAUAUAUACCUUAAUUAUUCCAUUUCUCUAUCUAGCUGUCUGCAAUCAACCUAUCAAGCGUGGAAAUUGUCUAGCCUAUUUCCCAAGUUGGGCAUUUGAUAAAUCGGUGGGUCGUUGUGUUCCGUUUGUUUACGGUGGCUGUGGUGGAAAUGGAAAUCGAUUUCGGAACAUUGAAGAGUGCGAAAAUGCCUGUUCUCCAAGUGUCAGAAUGGCUUCCAGCUUGACCAAACCAAUUUGCACAAGCAGAUCGUGUGAUUUCAGGAUAACUACCUGUAUCAUACUCUUUUGUCCCAUUGUUAAAUGCAUCUUUAUUUUUAGCUACUUCUUAAGUUUCCUUUUAGUAUUACUCGCCUUUUGUUAUUAG